AGCGCAGGUGGAGCCGCAGGGAAAUCUGGGACGUCUCCAGGAUGGAGUCCUUAUGGAGGCCGGCGGCUCUCCUCAUCGUUCUCUGGUGCUGCUGCUGUGCGCAGAGGGUCAGGUAUGUUGAGCCGCAUGUGGGGAGCACUGCAGGAGCGACGAGACUCACCAUCAUUGGAGACGGCUUUGCUCAGGAGCGGCAGUUCCAGUUGAGUCCAGAAGACGACCUGUUUGGGAACCGCGUGUCUCUGGUGUCGGACACGCUGUCGGUGCCGUGCGACGUGGAGCGAGACUCCACCCACGCCAACCAGAUCCUGUGCUACACCAGAGCCAUGCCGCAGGAUCAGUAUGUGGUGCGUGUCAGCGUGGACGGCGUUCCCAUCCCUGAUGACAACAUCUGCAACGGCAACUACAAACCCUACCACUGCAGCCUCUACACCCGCUGGUGGCGCACGCCGACCAUCUACUCCCUGAGUCCAGUCACCGGCCUCCCAGGCACUCUGGUCACAAUCCGGGGACGGAUCUACUCCGACGUCUACGGAAGCAACACGGACCUGAGCUCCAACGGACACGACGUCAGAUUCCUCAGGUCCUACAUGGGAGGGAUGCCCUGUGAGCUGCUGAAGCCUAACUCCGAUGAGCUGUUCAACCUGCAGCUGGACUCUGAAACCUCUGACUGGGGCUACAUGAGCUGCAUGAUGACGGGGACGUACGUCGGUCAUCACAACAUGAGCUACAUCCUGGACAAUUACUAUGGAAGGAGUCUCCCUGAAAAGAACCUGUACUGGGUCUCAUCUCGGUCCAAACUCUCCAUGUUCCAAACGUUUGCAGAGGUGACCGCCGUCUCUCCAUCGAGGGGCAGCGUCCUGGGGGGAACGCUGCUGACCAUCCACGGCCGCUUCUUCGACCAGACGGAUGAACCCGCCAGAGUUCUUGUUGGAGGCCUGCCCUGUGAACUCCAGAGCGUGGCCGACGGCCGCAUCACCUGCAGGACGGCCGGACGGCAGGCGGCCGAGGGCAGCAAGGUGUUCCCAGGUGGGCGUGGCCUGAAGAUGGAGGUGUGGAGCGACAAACGUCCUCGUUCCUUGGAUGAAAUCUGGAGCUACAACGAGAACACAACGGGCUACUGGUCACAGUGGAUCGACUCGCUGCCUUACACCUUCCCUAAAGAAUAUGACCUCUUCGCCACGCGCACCACAGGCUUCUUUGUGCCGACCGUCAGUGGAAACUUCAACAUAUACCUGCACUGCGAUGACUGGUGCGACCUGUACCUGAGUAACUCCAGCAGGCCAGAAGACAAGGUGAAAGUGGCUUUUCAGCCAAGAUAUGUCGCAAACUACUUUCAGCUGGAGUCCCAAAAGUCUGAAGCCAUUUUUAUGGAGAAGGGGAAAGCAUACUACCUGGAGCUUCUCCAUCAUGAAUAUUACGGCGGGGCUAAUCUCAACCUCGCCUUGUUCCACGAAGACAGUUCCUUCACAGCAGACCAGACCGACGAUGCCGUCAACGAAGUCCAGAACAUCGUUGCCGAAUAUGAAGCUUUUGAUGAGGAGCAGGUGCUCACCUUUGACUCGUGGCCCUCCGGGGUCCCAGCGGUCCAGGAGGUGCAGAAGGUCAGCGUCAGCAGCCACUGUGCCAGCCACCUCUGCGGGAGCACCUUCUUCACGCUGAGCUACGGAAACGCCCACACAGGACCAAUCACGGUGAGCGCGUCGGCGGCGGAGCUGGAGGCGGCCUUGAACAACCUGUGGUCCAUCAAACCAGACACCGUCCAGGUCACCAAACAGGAGGAUGGUCAGGGGUCUCACUACACGGUCACCUUCAACUCCAACAGAGGGGACUUUGCACCUCUUGACUUUGAGGUUUUCAGCUCAGACACCAACGUCUCCGUUUCUGAGGUGACCAAAGGUCAAAGCAACAUGGCGACCUUCACGCUGAGUUGGGCGGGAGUUCCUACGGCGCCCGUCGCCUUCAACGCCACCGCCUCAGAGGUGCGCUCAGCUCUGGAGGACCUGAUGAAAGCCGCCUGUCCCGCCGAGCUUCUGACCACUCAGGGCGCCAACGUCAAGUACUUCAAUGACUUUGAAAACUCUGAGUUCACCGGCGCUCAGAGCGGGACUCCUGAGAGCCACGCGGGUUUCUGUGGGUUCUGGUCGCUGAAGAACGCUGACGCUCUCUUCAGGGAAACCUUCACCAAGGAGUCCGGAGGACAGUACGGAGCGGUGCCGCUGGACCAGCACCCCGCGCUCUGCUUCGCUUAUAAAGGAGGGCUGAAGGACGAGAUCGGCAUGAAGUUCAGCUACAGCGACAGCAGCGGUCAGACGCGGGCAGAGAACACGAGGAUCAGCGUGUUGCUCAACAGCGGGGACGGGUGGAGCUACACGUGCCUGGACCUUCAGAACGUUCUGCAGACAGCUUUCAUCGGCAGCAGGUACAGCCUGCAGGAGCUCUACCUGUACAGCGACGACUCCGGGGCAGAUUACUACGUAGAUGCGGUUCACAUCGGAAAGACGCCGACCACGAUGGACGGGAACGCCGUUCUCCUCAGAAGAAGGCCUCCGCCCUUUGAGAGUUCUGGGAAGUCCAUUCAAGCGUUCUCCGUCACCAAACACCAACCAGACGCGUCACGGAUCACCUAUGAAAUCGUCGCCACGCCGCUGGAUUGUGCUUUUGAUUUCCCUCUGAUGGAGAUCAGCUUCAUGCAGAUGUCUAACAGCAGCCAAGACGCAGCUGAGUUCGCUGACCGAGGCGCCGCCGCUGCCGUGAGCCGCCGCCACAGAGCCACGCCGCCUCUGGCCGGCACGUUUGAUGUGGAGAUGCAGGGAGGCCGGGCUGAAGGUCUGCCUGUGGACGUCAGCGAGGAGGACCUGAAAUACGCUCUGGAGGGAAUCCCAGAAGUGGGCCAGGUCAAGGUGGAGGACCUGGGGACCUGCAGACACCCCAAGUGGAGGGUCACCUGGCUGACGAAGCCUGGAGCCCAGCCUCUGAUGAAGGUCAACGACUCGUUGGUUGUCGGUAAUAAUGUCAACUUUGUCGUCCGGGAGAAGGCAAAGGGUGGGCUGCUGAUCCGAGGCCUGACAGGAGACUUUUUCCGAGUGUGGGAAGACGAACCGCAGGUGGAGGUCUACAUAAACGGCAUCGCCUCCAACUGCUCUGGAGACUGCAGCUUCCAGUGGUCAGAGGAGGAGACUCCCACUGUGACUGGAAUCAGCCCGUCACAAGGAUCCAACGGUUUGGGAACCCUGCUGACCGUCACCGGGACCGGAUUCAGCUCGGAGAACGCUACCAUCAUGGUGGGAGACUCCAGGUGCGCCGUAGAAGAGGUCACAGCCUCCACUCAGGUGUGCAGGCUGGGCGGAGCCAGCGCAGGUACCUACCCAGUGUCUGUUACCUUCCCGUCUCUGGGCGAUGCUCGCUACGCAGACGACACCCUCUUCUUCACCUACCAGCUCAUCGUGUCUUCCUUCUCCCCGCCGUCUGGAAGUGUUGCAGGUGGCACCGUGCUGACGGUGAAGGGCUUCGGCCUCGGCCCGAACGCGACCGUCACCGUCGGCGGGAAGGAAUGUGAGGUGGUCCGUGCUGCCGACGCCGAGCUGAAAUGCAGAACCCCAGCAGGCGCUGCGGGACCGCAGGUCGUCAUGGUGACGGUGGGAAACGCCAGUCAGACCGCCGGCACCGACUUCACCUACGAUGGGAACCUCACAGCUCAGAUCCGGGCCCUGAGUCCUCAGACUGCCUCUGUGAGCGGAGAUCAACUUCUCACCAUCCAGGGAUCAAACCUGGGAGGACAGGACAACGACAGCGUGGUGUUUGUGGGGGGGAAGGAAUGCGUCGCCCUGCAGUGGACAGACACGCACAUCAGCUGCCGCCUUCCCAUCAUGCCUCCUGGUGUGCACCAGGUGGACGUGCAGGUGGGGAACAGAGGGUUCCCCCAGACCAGCGGCGGCCUCAGCCUGACCAUCCGGUACGUCCUGCAGGUCAGCGGAGUCUCUCCAGGCUCCGGCUCCUUGAUGGGAGGAACCUCGCUGACCGUCUCUGGUUCUGGCUUCAGCAACGACACGUCUGACAUGCGGGUUUCUGUCGGGGGCAGAGACUGCGAGCUGCUGGCGGCCUCAGAGGACGAGCUGCGCUGCGUCGUCCGGUCGGAGGAGAAGACGCACGCCGUCACCAACCAGGGCUCCCACCUCACUUACGGGCCGGGGUACGCAUGGAGUCCGUCCUCGCUCCGGGUCUCUGUCGGGGACACGGUGACGUGGCGCUGGACGGCGCCCGCCUUCCUGGACGCCGGGUACCGAGUCUUCAGCGUUUCCAGCCCCGGUGGCACCGAGUAUGACGGAGGACCCCUGAACAGUGGAGCGACCAAAACCGCUGAAGGGUUCUUCAGCUACCGCUUCACCGUCCCCGGCACCUACUACUACAGCAGCGGCUACGUCUCCGCCUCCAUCCUGAUGCAGGGAGCCGUGACGGUGCUGAGUCUGGAGGAGAGGAGCAGCGAAGUCUCCGUGUUUCUGGGAGGCAUUCGGGCCAAAAAUGUACCAGAAGCACCUACAGGUUCACAGAGAGUCUCCAGAGCAGCACCAGACUGCGUGUCCUCCCCGCGCUGCCAGCCGGCCAAUCAGACGUCAGAUGGUCUUUCCUUCAGCUUCUCCACCUGCUCCACCCCCACCGUCCUCUCCAUCUCCCCCAACCAGGGCUCCUACCACCAGCUGAUCCACAUCCAGGGACGAGGGUUCAGCGCCGUCGCCUGUGCCAACGAGGUGAAGGUUGGAGGGGAACCCUGCCACGUCAUCAACAGCUCAGAGUCUGAGAUCAGCUGCCGCCUCGGCUCCGACUCCCAGCUUCCCGUCGGCGUGGCUCUCCCCGUAUCGGUCCGGAUCAACAACCUGGGCAGCGCCGUGGUGGCCGUGGCCGACGAGUUCAGGCGCCGCUUCGUGGUCCUGCCGGUGGUCGACUCGGUGUGGCCUCCCGUCGGCGGCACCAGCGGCUUCACCCGGCUGCUGGUCAGCGGCUCGGGGUUCUCCCAGGGCGGCGUGACGGCAGCGGGCGUGACGGCAGCGGGCGUGACGGCAGCGGGCGUCCCCUGCAGCGUCCUGACGGGGAACUACACCCACGUCCUCUGCGACACCGCCCCGUCUCAGCCGCGCUCCGGCGACGUCGUCUUCCACCUCGGCCAGAUCCAGAGCUCCUGUUCGUCAAACUGCUCCUUCCAGUUCUCGUCCUCCGUCACUCCCACCAUCACCAGCGUCUCCCCCGACAGCGUCAGCAGUCAGACGGACGUCACCGUCUCCGGCUCCGGGCUCGGCGGCGGCGUGGGCGACGUGGCCGUCUUCGCCGGCUCCACACAGCUGGAGGUGGUGGCUGUGAGGGGCGAGAGCGUCACCGCGAGGGUCGACGCCCUGCCGGCGGGACGCCACCCCGUCAGGGUGAUCGUGAGGAGCAGAGGCCUGGCGUCGGGUCAGGUCGCCCUGACCAGCCUCGCUCAGGCCGUCCUGGAGCCGCGGGGGGGCAGCCUGGCCGGGGGAACGCCGCUCCGCCUGUCGGGGAACGGCUUCGCUCCGGGGAACACCAGCGUGACGGUGGGCGGGAACGCCUGCAGGAUCCUGGAGGAGCAUCCGGGUCUGAUCCGCUGCCUGACACCUGCUCACGGGGAGGGACAGGUGAGCGUCAGCAUCCAGGUGCUGGGCGUGGCCUACCCCCCCCUCAGCUUCAACUACUCUGCAGAGCAGACACCGGUGGUCAGCGCCGUCAGCCCCUCCACCGGUCCGAGCGGCGCCGCCGUCACCCUCACCGGGUCGGGGUUCGGUUCUGGUUCUGAUGUGUCCGUCACCAUUAACGGCGCUCCCUGCAGCGUCUCGGCCAUCUCCGACACCGAGGUCCGAUGCACGACGGGAAGCAGUCCGGGCGGCACCUACCCGGUCGUCCUGCAUCACGGGUCCAAAGGCUACGCCCGGUCGGAGGUGGCGUUCACCUACGACCUGACGCUGAGCGCCGUUCAGCCCAACGAGGGGAGUUUCGGAGGCGGAGCUCUGCUGUCCAUCCUGGGCUCCGGGUUCGACCCGAACAGCUCCGCGGUGCUGAUCUGCCACCAGGACUGUCCGGUUCUCAGAGAAACGUCCACGUCCAGUCGGCUGUUCUGCUGGUCGCCGCUCACCAACGGUUCUGAGCCGGAGGUCCGGUGCCCGGUGUCGGUCCAGAACCCCCAGGGUGCCGCCAACAUCUCUGAGGGCUUCACCUACAGAUCUGCUCUGACCCCCAUCGUCUCUGACGUGUCCCCCCGCCGAGGAGGCACCGCCGGGGGGACACGGCUCACCAUCAGCGGCUCCGGGUUCAGCGCCAGCGUGAGUGAUGUCAGCGUGACGAUCGCCGGCUCCGUGUGUGACGUCCGGUCCUCCAACAGCACGCACAUCAUCUGCGUGACCGGCUCUCAGAGUCGGUCUCAGGAGACCAAAGUGCGGGUCAGCGUGGGAGACCGCGGCGUGGCCAAGAUGGACAACGCCGACUUCUUCUACAUCGACGUGUGGUCGUCCAGGUUCACCUGGGGAGGCCUGUCUCCACCUGAGAAGGGCUCGUUUGCCGUCAUCGCUAAAGGCCAGACCAUCCUGCUGGACACCAGCACCCCGGUGCUCAAGAUGCUCCUCAUUCAGGGGGGAACUUUGGUGUUUGAUGAAGCGGACGUGGAGCUGCAGGCGGAAAACAUCCUGAUCACAGACGGAGGGCGGCUCCAGGUCGGCCAGGAGGGGGCGCCGUUCCAGCACAAAGCCAUCAUCACCCUUCAUGGACACCUGCGCUCACCUGAACUUCCGGUCUAUGGAGCCAAGACGCUGGCUGUCAGAGAGGGCGUCUUGGAUCUUCACGGUGUCCCCGUCCCCGUCCCCUGGACACACCUAGCCCAGACCGCCACCAACGGCUCCGUCACGCUGACUCUGAUGAAGGCGGUGACGUGGAAACCUGGAGAUGAGAUCGUCAUCGCCUCCACCGGCCACAGGCACAGCCAGAGUGAGAACGAGGUGAGAACGAUCGCCAGCGUGUCAGCUGACGGAAGAACCCUCACCCUGACCAAGCCGCUGAUGCACUCCCACCUGGGGGUGUCCGUCACGCUGCCUGACGGCGCCGUGUUUGAGGGCCGAGCCGAGGUGGGUCUCCUCACCAGGAACAUCGUGGUCCGAGGCUCCCAAAACCUGGAGUGGAGUGACGAGAUCGAAGCGUGUCCCGACGGCUUCAACACAGGUGAAUUUGCCACCCAGACGUGCUUCCAGGGCCGGUUUGGAGAAGAAAUGGGCAGCGACCAGUUCGGCGGCUGCAUCAUGUUCCACGCUCCCAGGCCAGGAGAGAACCUCGCUAUGGGCAGACUGGAAUACGUUGAGAUCUUCCACGCUGGUCAGGCCUUCAGGCUCGGACGGUAUCCCAUCCACUGGCAUCUGAUGGGGGACAUCAACUACAAGUCGUACGUGAGAGGCUGCGCCAUCCACCAGACCUUCAACCGGGCCGUGACCAUCCACAACACCCACCGGCUGCUGGUGGAGCACAACGUCAUCUACGACAUCAUGGGAGGAGCCUUCUUCAUCGAGGACGGCAUCGAGACGGAGAACAUCCUGCAGUACAACCUGGCCGUGUUCGUCAGGCAAAGCACCAGCCUCCUGAACGAUGAUGUCACUCCUGCUGCGUACUGGGUCACCAAUCCGAACAACAUCAUCCGGCACAACGCCGCAGCAGGAGGGACCCACUUCGGUUUCUGGUACCGCAUGCACGACAACCCUGACGGUCCGUCGUACGACCCAAACAUCUGCCAGAAGAGGGUUCCUCUCGGGGAGUUCUCCAACAACACGGUGCACUCUCAGGGAUGGUUUGGUCUCUGGAUCUUCCAGGAAUAUUUCCCCAUGAGGGACGGAGGCUGCAGAUCCACAACCCCCCAGCCGGCCGUCUUCCACUCCCUGACCACCUGGAACUGUGAGAAAGGCGCCGAGUGGGUCAACGUGGGCGCCGUGCAGUUCGACAACUUCGUCAUGGUCAACAACGAGAAGGCCGGCAUCGAAGCCAAGCGCAUCUUCCGCUGGGCGGUGAGCGGCUUCGGAGAGGACGGAGGGGCCACGGUGUCAAACAGCACCAUCGUGAGCCACCUGGACGAGCUCGGACUGGGCGGCGAGUACUGCACACGCCGUGGCGUCAUCACGCCUUUUGACGACGGCAUGAGCGUCCUCAACACUCAGUUUGUCAACUUUGACCGCAACAACUGCACAGCCAUCGGAGUGACGUCCAUCGACGGGACGUGUACGGAUCGCUGCGGCGGCUGGGCGGUCAGGUUCAGCGGGGUCCGGUACAGGAACUCCCCCAACAAGGCCGGAUUCAGGUGGGAGCACGAAGUCCAGCUGGUGGACACUGACGGCUCCCUCACAGGAAAUAUGAACCAUAAAGUGGUGCCGAUGAGCAGCUUGCUGGACCCGGCUCACUGUUCCCUCAGCGCCGAGUGGAGCAUCGGUUUCCCCGGAGCGGUGUGCGACCACACCGUCAGCUUCCAUCGUCUGGCCUUCAAUAACCCCUCGCCGACCUCUCUGAAGGCCAAAGAUGUCAUCCUGACCAACCCACAUGGCAGCAGCGUGGUUCCCUACCUGAAGAAGAGGAUGACCCAUAAGUUUGGCUGGAUGGCCCUGCUGCCGUCCGGUCAGACCUACAACUGGUACUUCAGCAACGCCGACCACAUCACCAACAUCACCUACGAUGCCAAGUUCUACGGCUUUAAGUCGGAUCAGUACGUCAUCAUCAAGCACAACCUCACCCAGAGUCCCGACAGCUUCCACAUCAUCGACGACAGGAACGGCUCGUCUGCGGCGCUGAGCUUCAGCGGCAACACCAACGGAGACUGGUUCCUCAACAAGACCACCAACGACCUCUUCUACCUCGUUUCUGGGAAGACGAGCCCCCGCAGGCGGCGCGACAGCGUCGACCGCUCCAUGAAAGACGUGGUGACCAACUUCGCCGUCCACCGCUGCUUCUUCCAGAAAUGCCUCCCUCCGGCUCCGGCCACGCUCGCUCCCACGCCCGACCGCCGACCCAACGACUUCAUUCUCUGGUCCGAUGCCUCGUUCUGGAAAGGUUCUGCUGAGAACAACUUCACUGAGCCAGCAGAUGGCGCCGAUGUGGUCAUCCCUUCAGGGAAGUGGGUCGUUCUGGACCGCAACACGCCGUCCCUCAACAAGCUGACGGUGGUCGGGGUUCUGGAGGUUCCCGACGCCUUGAACGGCACCGUGGUGAUAGACGCCGUUUACGUCUCCAUCCAGGGCGGCAGGCUGAUCGCAGGAUGGGAAAACGAGCCGUUCCGAGGAGAGCUGCAGAUCCGACUGAGAGGGAACCACAACACUCCGGACUGGGUGCUGCCGAACGGACCCAACCAGGGAUCCAAGGUCCUCGGUGUGUUUGGGACUCUGCAGCUGUACGGAGCGCCGCCCAACCUUUACCGCGCCAAGCUGGCCGCCGCCGCCGCAGCCGGCUCCAGCACGCUGGUUCUGAUGCAGCCCGUCGACUGGAAGGUGGGAGACCAGGUGGCCAUCUCCACCUCCAGCUACAGCGCCUCAGAGACAGAGAAGCGGCGGAUCUCCGCGGUGUCGGCAGACGGGCUGGUCCUGACCCUGGACCGGCCUCUGGCCCACACUCACAGCGGUGGAACCCAUUCUGUGUCAGGAACAUCCCUCUCCUACACGCUGGCAGCUGAUGUUGGCCUCCUGAGCAGGAACAUCCAGAUCAUCGGCGAGGAGUACCCGGCCAUGAUGAUGGAGUCGUUCGGGGCCCGGCUGUUGGUCGGGACCUUCUCCAGCGAGGGAAUCACCUACAAAGGUAAAGCUCAGAUCAGGAACGUGGAGUUCUUCCGCUCCGGUCAGGAAGGCUGGACCGACCACUUCGACCCCCGCUACUCCGUGGCGUUCCUCAACCUGGGAGAGGUUUCAGGGAACGACUCGUACGUCCAGGGAUGUUCCUUCCAUGACGGCUUCUCUCCGGCCAUCGGGGUCUUCGGGACCUCCGGUCUGAACAUCGACGACAACGUCGUCCAUCACACGGUCGGAGAAGGUAUCCGGGUCUGGGGCGAUAAGAUCACGCUGAGGAGGAACCUGGUGAUGAUGUCGCUGUGGCCCGGGUCGUAUCAGGGCAGAGAGGAACCCUUCAACUUCGAGUGGAACGCCGCCAUCGAGGUGAACGAGGCCACCAACGUGGUGCUGCAGCACAACAUCGUGGCCGGUUACGAGCGGGUGGCGUACCGCAUCAACGGAGAACCCUGCCCAGGUUAUCUGAACCCUAACGAGGCCUGGACCCAUAACGAGGCUCACGGCGGUCUGUACGGCGUCUACCUCAACAAGGACGGCUUGGCCGGCUGCAGCUUCAUCCGAGGCUUCUUCGUCUGGAGAAGCUUCGACUUCGCCAUCUACUUCCAGGUCGUCAUGAACGUGGUCGUUUCCAACGUGACGCUGGUGGAUAACGGGAUGGGCGUCAUGCCUCUGGUUUACGCCCCGCCCUCUCUGUCUCACGCCUACGCAGAUAAAUCUGUCCAGGUUCAGAACUCCCUGAUUGUCGGCAGCAGCCCAGACUUCAACUGUUCGGACACUUUGGACUCGGACGACUUCAACGUCGCCACCACGGCUCUGCACCGAGCGCCCAGACCUCCACAAGGAGGCCGAUCUGGGAUCUGCUGGCCGACCUUCCAGUCGGGACACAACACGGCUCCCGCUAAACCGCAUCACCUGAACAUGAACUACAACGCCAUCAAGGGCGUGAUGAAGGUCACAGACACAACCUUCGCUGGUUUCCGUGACGUCUGCUCCGGGCAGAGGAACUACGUGUUCCUCACCAACCCUCUGAACGAGGACCUGCAGCACCCCGUCCACGUCUCAGCCGCCAACAUGGUGGACAGCAGCGAGGACGCCCGCGUCUUCAUCCACAGGCCCGACCUGGGCAAAGUGAACCCGGCUGACUGUGUGGACAUGGACUGUGACGCCAAGAAGAAGACCUUGUUGAAGGACCUGGACGGGUCCUUCCUGGGAGCCGUGGGGACCGUGGUUCCCCAGUCCGAGUACGAGUGGGGGGGAGAUCCCAGGAGGGGGCUUGGUGAUUACCGAAUUCCCAAAGUCAUGCUGACGUUCCCGAACGGCAGCCGGAUCCCCGUGGAGCAGGUGGCUCCUCACAAAGGUGUGAUCAGGAAGAACUGCAGCUACGUGAGCUCCUGGCAGAGCUACAGGUGCUUCAGCCUGGACUACAGGAUGGUGGUGAUCGAGAGCCUCGACUCGGACACAGAGACCCGGCGCCUGUCUCCUGUGGCCGUGCUGGGAGACGGCUUUGUGGACCUGAUUAACGGCCCUCAGGAUCACGGCUGGUGUGCAGGAUACACCUGCCAGCGCCGGGUGUCUCUGUUCCACAGCAUCAUGGCCGCCGGACACGCCUUCGACGUCUACUUCACCGGCGUCAGCCCGCAGAAGCUCCGCCUCAUGAUGCUCAACUCCGACCCGUCUGAGAGCGUCCUGGUCUCCGUCUUUUACUCCAACCCUCAGCGGCUGGACGUCUACGUGGAAGACCGGCUGGUGGCUCCGACCAACGCCGUGUGGAACGACGACAGAACCGACUACAUCCUGCGGGAACCGGCGUACAAAGAUGAGUUCGUGCCUCAGAUGAACGCCUCCAUGGGAACCAACUACUUCGACCAGGACUUCAAGAUGAUGAAGGUUCUGUUGAGAGGCUCCACGCCGGUGGAGAUCAGGACGUCUCCGGUUCUGGUCCUGGCCUUCAACAUGCCGGCCCUCACUGAGGACCAGUUCUUUGGCGACAACCUGAUCCAGAACCUGGCGACAUUCCUCAAGGUUCCCCCCAACAUGAUCCGCAUCACCAAGAUCGUCAGGGAGGACGGUGGAGCGCGGCGCAGGAAGAGGUCCACGGGCCUGACGGUGGAGGUGGAGAUCAAGAAGCCUCCGGUUCAGCAGACCACCAACAGCACCGCCGGUCAGAGGACUUUCGCGCUGCUGAAGAGCAUCGCAGAUGAUCUGGGUCAGGCUGCCGUCUCUGGGAACCUCAGUGGCUCCAUCGGCUUCAACGUCUCCUCCGUGGGCAUCGUCCCGCCUCCUCCUUCCUCCUCGGACCCGAGCUGGAGCGAGGUGGCAGCAGAGGACGUGACGAGAGACGAGCCGAAGACGAGUUACGUGUCGAGCGUGUCGCGCCUGCUGCUGGUGGAGGAACCGCUGGCCGGAGAGUUCGUGGGUCCGCUGCUGCAGCAGCCGCGUCUGAUGGCCGUGGACGACCAGGGUAACUGCGUCUCUGUGGGCGUGACCACGCUCACGGUGACCGCCAGCCUGAAGAACGCCGCCGGAGAAGCGGUGGAUGGACUGGAGGGCAACGCCACCAUCCUGUUCAGCGGCUGCUGGGCCAACUUCAGCGACCUCUCCGUCCUGAGCAGCGGAGACAACCUCACCAUGGUCUUCACCCUGAAGGACUGGGGCGCCCAGUCCAGGUUCUUCUCAGUGAAGAACGUGCCCACCACGGAGGCGCCGCCGGCCUCCACCAGCGACAGGCCGGCCACCACCGACGACGACGGCAGCGUGUUCAGCUCCGGCACGGCGGUGUCUGCAGGCAGCCUGUGUCUGAUCAGCAUCAUCUACGAGGUGGCCUGCUGCUCCACCAGCAUCCCCCUCUGUUAGCGCGGCCCGGCGGGCGGCCGCUGGGUUCUUUUGGGUCUCAUCUGUUUGUGGAGAUCGUGCAACACGAGUUAGAUCAACCAAAUAAUCAGGGAGAAAGUUCUGAUCCAGUUCCAGGGAUCCAGACUUUCCUGUCAUUGAAGUCGUCUUGAUCUGAAGGUUUCCAGGUUUUCUAAAGUUAUUUUGUGAUUUUUCUCCAGACUUUGGCUGCUUUAGUCGUCUCAGCUAAACUUUAAAUCACAAUAUUUACACAUUAAAUGAAGAAACUGGGAUGAAAUAUGAAGUAUAAGUGUCAUGUGUAGAGCAAACAAACCGGUGAAUGAUUCUGAUGGAAAUUAUGAAGUUUUAAGCU